UUCCCCUUAUAGACACGGCGUAAGGUCCAAUCAAUAAAUACAACGCAUAGCAUAACGAGCUGACCCAGUGACCCACCUGAGUCAAAGGAAUUCGUACGCGUCGACUCAGUGCAAAAGUCACGCGGCAAGAAUCCAGGUCCAACACAUGAUUUGUGGACGCAAUCUGCUGCACAGAAACAGGAUAGCCGGACAUAGCCCAUCGCUUCCACGCCCUCCAACAAUGGAGGAACGUCAAAAUCUGCUUCAAGCUUACCCUCACUACUGGGGCUUCACUCCCGAGCAAGACUUCUACGCUCAACAGGGAAUCUCAUCUUCUUCAUCGUCCUUCACCACUCCCAGAGGCCUCUCCCUCUUCACGCGUUCAUGGCUUCCCCUCACCCCUCCACGCGCCGUCGUCUUCAUGGUCCACGGUUACGGCAACGACAUCAGCUGGACUUUCCAAGCCACCCCAAUCUUCCUCGCUCAGAUGGGUUUCGCCUGUUUCGCUCUCGACCUCCAAGGCCAUGGCCGAUCUCAAGGCCUCAAGGCCUUCGUUCCUAACGUCGAUCUCGUUGUCCAGGACUGCCUCUCCUUCUUCGGAUCCGUCAAGCAAGACCCGAACUUUCAGGGCCUGCCCCGUUUCCUCUACGGCGAGUCCAUGGGCGGCGCGAUCUGCCUCCUCAUCCAUUUGGCCGAUCCAAAAGGGUUCGACGGAGCCAUACUCGUCGCACCCAUGUGCAAAAUCUCCGACGAGGUCAGACCCAGAUGGCCAAUUCCUCAGAUUCUUACUUUUCUUGCGAGAUUUUUCCCCACUUUGCCUAUUGUUCCCGCCCCUGAUCUCUUGUACAAGUCCGUGAAAGUAGAUCACAAGAAAGUCAUCGCAGGCAUGAAUCCGAUGAGGUAUAGGGGAAAACCCAGAUUAGGGACCGUGGUGGAGCUUUUGAGGGUCACUGAUUAUUUGAGCCAAAGGUUGUAUGAUGUGAACAUUCCAUUUAUUGUGUUACAUGGGAGCGCAGAUAUUGUAACAGACCCAAACGUGAGUCGAGAAUUGUUCGAAGUGGCAAGGAGUGAAGAUAAGAGAAUAGAGGUGUACGAAGGGAUGAUGCAUUCUCUACUGUUCGGGGAGACUGAUGAGAAUGUAGAAAUUGUUCGCAAUGACAUCGUCUCGUGGCUGAAUGAUCGAUGCGACAGGACAAUAACAAUUGAUUAAAAAGAUGGGUUUGUUUGAUCGAUUGAUCAUAUUGUUUUUAUUUUGACUGAUUAUUGUUUCUUUGAUCUCUCCAGCACCAAAUUUGGUGCCUGUGGUGAAAUUAUUAUCCGAUGGCAUAUACAUAUUGGAACCCCACUUUGAAUUAAGCUUUUGCAAUGAGAAUCGUUAUGGCGGAUUAUGUUUCU